AUGGCACUAGCAAUGACUCGGAUACCCCGCCACUUUUCCAGCAUCGUCUCUGCACGGAGACGCCAAAUCCUGUUCGGUUCAGAAACGGCCGUUUCGGGUACCUCGACCAAUUAUGGAGAAGAGGCUUCUCGUAAGCUGGACUUCCGAUUAGCCUUCCUGGUUUUGAUUUACAUCGUGAAUUGUAUGGAUCGUAGUAAUGCAGCUGCAGCGAGGUUGCGUGGUUUCGAGGAGGACCUCGGCAUGACAGGGAACCAGUUCAAUACACUCAUUAGCAUCCUUUACGUGGGAUAUGCAUUGAUGCAAGCUCCUUUCAACCUACUCUUAGAUCGCAUGAAAAGGCCAUCAAUACACCUCUCAAGCUGCAUGGCACUAUGGGGUGCCAUUACCAUUUUCAUUGGUAUGUAUCAUGCUGCUCUUAUCUUGCGUUUCUUCCUCGGAUCUGUUGAGGCGGCAUUCUUUCAUUGUGCCGUAUUUCUUCUCUCACGAUGGUACAAACGCGAUGAGCUAGGGCUACGUACGGCGCUUUUUGAUUCGUCAGGAAUUUUGGCAGGCCUAGACGGCACUUUUGGUGUUCCGGCUUGGAGGUGGCUAUUCUUUGCGGAGGGUACUUUGACCAUCGUUGUUGCAGUGUCUGCAAUCUGGAAUUUACCAGAUUUUCCUUCCACGCCGAGUGUCUGGCUUACGCCUGAUGAACAAUCUUUGGCCAAGCGACGCAUGGAAGAGGAAACUGCGACUGGAGAUCGGCACCAGGCCCCCGUAAAGAUAUUUUCUGGAUUAGUUGAUGCUCUCAUGGAUUGGAAAGUAUGGUGGCUUGGUGCUACCCUUUCUUUUAUGGUAGCUUCUUUGUCAUGCAGUAAUUUGUUUCUAACACUAUCCGCUACAAUGGGUUACAACCCGACUAUCAGCCUCCUACUCUGCGCACCUCCGUGGAUUCUGGGAACUGCAACCUCAUUUAUUGUGGCCUGGCACUCCGAUGCAACUGGUGACCGCUUUUGGCAUAUCGCCGUUGCCUUUGUUAUCUUUGUGACCUGGGUCUUGAAUACCUUUUCCCAAACGCAGGCGAAACGCGCUGCAGCCACCGCAAUGAUCAACUCUAUGGGGAUAUGUGGCAAUAUCGGUGCAUCGUACUUCUGGCCUUCCAGUUGGGGACCUUCCGUUAUAUGCAUUGCAAUGUGCUGGGCAUUUAGGCAACACCUUGCCCGGUGUAAUAAGAUUACUGAGGCCGAAGAGCGGGCUCUAGGGCUACCAAAGGGUUUUAGAUAUCUCCUGCAGGACACGACAUUCGCAUCUGACUCGAACGGGAUCUAA